AUGACUGACUUAAGCAAUCAAUAUCAGGAUUUUAAUUCCGGUACUGCAGAUUCCGACAAUAAGCAUCACGGUUACGUUCCUCCUCAUAUGAGAGGUGGUACUAAUGGCGGUUCAAGAGGUGGUGGUGGUCAGAGAUCAUUUGGUGACAACUCUGGCAAUCAAAGAUCAUUUGGUGAUGGAAACCAAAGGAGAGGCGGCAGCUUCUUCGGUGGUGGCGGAUCACGUCAAGGCGGUAGUUUUUUUAGAAAUAAUAGCAGUCGCGGCGGCGGCAGCGGCGGAUACUCAAGAGGUGGGGGCAGCUAUGGAAGAGGUGGUGGAUUUGGUGGAGGUAGUGGAAGUAGAUGGGUGGACGGGAAACAUGUGCCUGGUCCAAGAAACGAAAGAAUCGAAUUAGAACUAUUCGGUGAAGCUGAUGAUCCACAUGUCUUGUCUUCGGGUAUCAAUUUUGAUAAUUAUGACGAUAUCCCUGUUGAAGCUACCGGUAAUAAUGUCCCAGAACCAAUUACUGAAUUCAGUGCUCCACAAUUAGAUGAGUUGUUGUUAGAAAAUAUUAAAUUAGCAAGAUUUACUAAGCCUACACCAGUGCAAAAGUACUCGGUCCCUAUCGUGGAAAAUGGUAGAGAUUUAAUGGCCUGUGCACAAACCGGUUCUGGUAAGACAGGUGGGUUCUUAUUUCCUGUUCUUUCAGAAUCAUUCAAGACUGGUCCAAGCAAAACGCCUGAACAAGGCCGUAAUUUCUACUCGAAGAAGGGUUAUCCAACCGCUUUGAUCCUAGCACCAACAAGAGAACUGGCUACUCAGAUUUUUGAUGAGGCAAAGAAAUUUACUUAUAGAUCUUGGGUUAGACCAUGUGUUGUGUACGGUGGUGCUCCCAUUGGUAAUCAAAUGAGAGAGGUUGAUCAUGGUUGUGAUUUAUUAGUCGCAACACCUGGUCGUUUAACUGAUUUGAUCGAUAGGGGUAAGAUCUCGUUAGCAAACAUCAGGUAUUUAGUUUUAGAUGAAGCUGAUAGAAUGUUGGAUAUGGGGUUUGAACCUCAAAUCAGGCAAAUUGUGGAAGGUAGUGACAUGCCGCAAGUUGGUGAUAGACAAACACUUAUGUUUUCCGCAACGUUCCCAGUUGAUAUACAACAAUUGGCUCGUGAUUUCUUAAAUGAUUAUAUUUUCUUAUCAGUCGGUAGAGUCGGCUCCACCUCUGAGAAUAUUACACAAGUAAUCUUAUAUGUGGAAGACCAAGAUAAAUACUCAGCCUUAUUAGAUUUAUUGGCUGCUACAACAGAUGGGUUGACAUUAAUAUUUGUGGAAACCAAGAGAAUGGCAGAUCAAUUGACUGAUUUCUUAAUUAUGCAAAAUUUUAAGGCAACAGCAAUCCAUGGGGAUCGUACACAACAAGAACGUGAGCGUGCACUUUCUGCAUUUAGAGCUGGUACAGCUACUAUAUUAGUCGCCACCGCAGUCGCUGCAAGAGGUUUAGAUAUCCCUAAUGUGACACAUGUUAUUAAUUUUGAUUUGCCAGGUGACAUUGAUGACUACGUGCAUAGAAUUGGUAGAACUGGUCGUGCUGGGAACACCGGUGUUGCCACUUCUUUCUUUAAUAGAGGAAACCAAAAUGUUGUCAGAGGUUUGAUCGAUAUUUUAAGUGAAGCUAAUCAAGAAAUCCCAUCCUUUUUGAAUGAUAUCGCCAAUGAAGGUGGUAGAAGUAGAGGAGGUAGAGGUGGUGGGUACGGUGGUAAUCGUUCUCACAGUAAUAGAGAUUUCCGUAAGCAUGGUAAUGGCUCGUUCGGUAGCUCCAGAGGUGGUGGAAGUAAUUCAUCAUGGGGCUCUUCCAGUGGUGGCGGUUAUAGAGGAGGUAAUAAUGACGGCUGGAAUAAUAGCUUUGGCAGCGGUUCUAGUUAUAAAUCAUCAGGUAACGCAUCCUGGUGGUAA